AUGACGGAAAUAUCUUUUUCUAACGAGUCGUGCUACAUGAGUGCAUGUAGUUUUGGCCAAGAGAUGUGGUUCUACAGUGAACCAACUAGUCCUAGCAGGCUCAGACUGAGAUCACCCUUUGAUUCUCAAACAGACUCCACAACACCAACGGAAACAGAAUAUGAGGAUUCAGACUUCACUGGGGAUGAGUUUGAAUUUGAAACCAGUCGUAGAUUCAAUGGUAGUGUCACUGACUUGGACUCUGAGAUAAACCAGAAGGAUGAGAAGAACCCUUUUGGUGAUUCAUUGCAGACUAUGGCAUUUGCUGAUGAGCUUUUCUGUGAUGGUAAAGUCUUGCCACAGAUGCCACCUCUCAAACUUCCUCCCAGGCUUGAAAAAUUUGAAGUUGGUAGCAUUUACAGAUCAAAACUGGCGUCUUCAAGGUCCUCGAGAUUGGUGUUUAGACUUCGGCUUUCACGGCAUAGUUUUCGGAACGAUGACUCCGAUCCCUUCACGGUGGCUUUGGAGAAGGUCAGAGGAGAAAAGAGAAGGAAAUCAAAUGUAAGACAUGUUUUCAGGAGGAGUAGGUCACUUUCUUCAUUCAGGAGUUUCAGACACAAGUUUAAGAAAAGUGUGAGAGUAACAAAGUCAAGUCAACCUGAGUCACAUUGUAGUGACACAGCUGAAGUAGUUCGUGAGCUUGAGAAAAGGCCAUUGAAGGAAGUAUCAGGACGAACGAAUGUGCUAUCUGAGUCCAAAGGGUUGGUGUUUGCUAGAAAGAUGAGACUAGUGGCAUCAAUUUCAAAACUUGAUAUAGCAACGAAGAAAGAUGAGGGGAAAAGAGGUGGGUUUUGGAGAAGGAAUAAGAAGAGGGAAAGCAUAAAGAAGUUUUUGUUUCGGCUUCGUAACUUAGGAAAAGCCAAUGCUCAAAGCAAGUUAGAAGAUAAAAUGGAAGCACAGGAGAGACCACCUUCGGUGAGGAAACUUGACUUGAAAGCUGCGACAUCAACAGAAUCAAAGCAAUGUGAUAGAGAUCCAAGAACAGGUGAGCUGACAAAAACGAGAUCGGUAUGCCACAGGCCAAAGAUUUUUCCCUGCUUGGGUUAUGAGGACGAAAAGUGAAGUGAUUCAAUCAUACAACGUCUCAGUAGAAUAUAGAAGUUAGCUGAAAUGAAUUAUGAAAAUUAAAGUUUAUAAUUCGUUCUUUUUGUGUAAUAGCUUUGUUGUUGGAUUUUGUCUAUACUUUACCAUUUUAUACUGUCUUGUAAACCCUAUGGGAGCAAUGCUAUUCAGAAAUUGGUUAUGUAUAUCUAUUUUUUUCUGGAGUUUUUCCCAAGUGAAUUUGCAUAUAUAACAAUCUGUAUACUCCCUUUGUAGCCUUUUUUCUUCUUAUAUCCAAAAGAGAAACCAGUUUGCGUAUAGAGAGAGUGAACUUUUAAGGCAUGUUGUUAUCUGAUUUCAGCGCUAACUAACUUGAGA